AUGAGAUCAGAGACCAGGGAAGUAAGGAGACCUGGUAGAGCAGAGGCCAGAGAGGAUCCAAUCCUAUAUAUUUUACAAGACGAUAAAGAAGUGAUAAAGGAGAGAGCAAAGCACAAGAGUUGCCAGAACUAUCACCACAAUUCUUCUCCAUGUGGAGUACUCCCACUUGUUAUUACUGCCAUCUUAGUCCUGAUCAUCAUUGUCCUUCUCUUUUUUCCUGUUUGUGGAUCAUUGUUCAAAGAAUGCCUUUCCCUGCGCUCUGACGUGGAUGUCCCUGCCCCUUGUGGUCCAGCAUGCCCAUCUGGCUGGAUCGGCUAUGAAGGGAAAUGCUAUUUUUUCUCAGAUGGAGUAAAAGACUGGACGGCUGGCCACAGUUUUUGUGCUUCCUAUGGCUCCUCCCUGGCUGUGAUUGAGAGUGAGCCAGAAAAGGCAUUCCUUAUGCGUUACAUGUGCUCUACUGAUCACUGGAUUGGCCUCCGGAAGGACCCUGGCCAGACUUGGAAAUGGGCAGAUGGGACAGAACUAAAUGGCACGCUGGUGGUAAGAGGAGAAGGAGGGGAUUGUGCAUUUCUGAACUCUGUUUUUGCCAUUUCUUCACGUUGCUACAUACAAAGAAAUUGGAUCUGCAGCCACCAUGAUGCCUAUGCAAGGAAUAAGAGCUCUUCAAUAAGAAGGUGA